AGGCGCGGGCCGAGGGCGGGCUGAAGCAGCUGAGGCGGUAGCGGCUGCGGCGGCUCGGACAGAGGGGCGGGAGCUGAGGUGGGAGCGGACGGGCUGGUGGGCGAGCAAGAGGCGGCGGAAUGGUGGACUACCACGCGGCGAACCAGUCUUACCAAUACGGCCCCAGCAGCGGGGGCAAUGGCGCCGGCGGCGGGGGUAGCAUGGGCGACUACAUGGCCCAGGAAGACGACUGGGACCGGGACCUGCUGCUGGACCCGGCCUGGGAGAAGCAGCAGCGCAAGACCUUCACAGCAUGGUGCAACUCCCACCUGCGGAAGGCAGGCACACAGAUCGAGAACAUCGACGAGGACUUCCGCGACGGACUCAAGCUCAUGCUGCUCCUGGAGGUCAUUUCAGGGGAGCGAUUGCCUAAGCCGGAGCGGGGAAAGAUGAGAGUGCACAAAAUCAACAAUGUGAACAAAGCGCUGGACUUUAUCGCCAGCAAAGGAGUCAAGCUGGUCUCCAUCGGAGCGGAAGAGAUUGUGGACGGCAAUGCGAAGAUGACGCUGGGCAUGAUCUGGACGAUCAUUCUCAGGUUCGCCAUCCAGGACAUCUCCGUGGAAGAGACUUCUGCAAAGGAAGGGCUCCUUCUCUGGUGCCAGAGGAAGACAGCUCCGUACAAGAAUGUCAACGUGCAGAACUUCCACAUCAGUUGGAAGGAUGGUCUUGCCUUCAACGCCCUGAUCCACCGGCAUAGACCAGAGCUGAUUGAGUAUGACAAGCUGAGAAAGGACGACCCUGUCACCAACCUGAACAAUGCCUUUGAAGUGGCUGAGAAGUACCUCGAUAUCCCCAAGAUGUUGGAUGCAGAGGACAUCGUGAACACGGCCCGGCCCGACGAGAAGGCCAUUAUGACCUAUGUGUCCAGCUUCUACCAUGCCUUUUCGGGAGCGCAGAAGGCUGAGACUGCUGCCAACCGGAUCUGCAAGGUUUUGGCUGUCAAUCAGGAGAAUGAACACCUGAUGGAAGAUUAUGAGAGGCUGGCCAGCGAUCUCCUAGAGUGGAUCCGGCGCACCAUCCCCUGGCUGGAGGACCGUGUGCCCCAGAAGACCAUCCAGGAAAUGCAGCAGAAGCUGGAGGACUUCCGUGACUACCGGCGCGUCCACAAGCCGCCCAAGGUGCAGGAGAAGUGCCAGCUGGAGAUCAACUUCAACACACUGCAGACCAAGCUGCGCCUCAGCAACCGGCCCGCCUUCAUGCCCUCCGAGGGCCGCAUGGUCUCGGACAUCAACAAUGGCUGGCAGCACCUGGAGCAGGCUGAGAAGGGUUAUGAGGAGUGGCUGCUGAAUGAGAUUCGCAGGCUGGAGCGUCUUGAUCACCUGGCGGAGAAGUUCCGGCAGAAGGCCUCCAUCCAUGAGGCCUGGACUGACGGGAAAGAAGCCAUGCUGAAGCACCGGGACUACGAGACAGCCACCCUGUCAGACAUCAAAGCCCUAAUCCGUAAGCAUGAGGCUUUUGAGAGUGACCUGGCUGCACACCAGGACCGCGUGGAGCAGAUAGCGGCCAUCGCCCAGGAGCUCAAUGAGCUGGAUUACUACGACUCCCACAACGUUAACACACGGUGCCAGAAGAUCUGCGACCAGUGGGAUGACCUGGGCUCUCUGACGCACAGUCGCAGAGAGGCCUUGGAGAAAACGGAGAAGCAGCUGGAGACCAUCGAUCAGCUGCACCUGGAGUACGCCAAGCGGGCGGCCCCCUUCAACAACUGGAUGGAGAGUGCCAUGGAGGACCUGCAGGACAUGUUCAUCGUCCACACCAUUGAGGAGAUCGAGGGCCUGAUCUCAGCCCAUGACCAGUUCAAGUCGACCCUGCCGGAUGCCGACAAGGAGCGGGAAGCCAUCUUGGCCAUACACAAGGAGGCCCAACGGAUCGCUGAAAGCAACCACAUAAAGUUGUCAGGCAGCAACCCCUAUACCACCGUCACCCCCCAGAUCAUCAACUCCAAGUGGGAGAAGGUGCAGCAGCUAGUGCCAAAGCGGGACCACGCCCUCCUGGAGGAGCAGACCAAGCAGCAGUCCAACGAGCACCUCCGCCGUCAGUUCGCCAGCCAGGCCAACAUCAUGGGGCCCUGGAUCCAGACCAAGAUGGAGGAAAUCGGACGCAUCUCCAUUGAGAUGAAUGGCACCCUGGAGGACCAGCUGAACCACCUCAAGCAGUACGAGCGCAGCAUCGUGGACUACAAGCCUAACCAGGACCUGCUGGAGCAGCAGCACCAGCUCAUCCAGGAGGCGCUCAUCUUCGACAACAAGCACACCAACUAUACCAUGGAGCACCUCCGUGUGGGCUGGGAGCAGCUGCUCACCACCAUCGCCCGCACCAUCAAUGAGGUGGAGAACCAGAUCCUCACCCGCGAUGCCAAGGGCAUCAGCCAGGAGCAAAUGCAGGAGUUCCGUGCAUCCUUCAACCACUUCGACAAGGACCAUGGCGGGGCGCUGGGGCCCGAGGAGUUCAAGGCCUGUCUCAUCAGCCUGGGCUACGACGUGGAGAAUGACCGUCAGGGCGAUGCCGAGUUCAACCGCAUCAUGAGCGUGGUUGACCCCAACCACAGUGGCCUUGUGACCUUCCAAGCCUUCAUUGACUUCAUGUCCAGAGAGACCACGGACACAGACACAGCUGACCAGGUCAUCGCCUCCUUCAAGGUCCUGGCAGGGGACAAGAACUUCAUCACAGCUGAGGAGCUGCGGCGAGAGCUCCCCCCCGACCAGGCCGAGUACUGCAUCGCCCGCAUGGCGCCCUACCAGGGCCCCGACGCUGUGCCCGGUGCCCUUGACUACAAGUCCUUCUCCACGGCUCUGUAUGGCGAGAGCGACCUGUGAGGCCCC